AUGGGACACACCCACCCUGCCCUUAGGAUCUAAGGUUCAAGGGAAGGGGGAAGAAGUUUUAGAAAGGAGAGAGCAGCUAAGAAAGAGAUGAGCAUGAGGCGGUUUUUCCGAACGCACCGGGACGAGGACUACAGUCAGAUCCAGUAUCUGACGGCCAAGUGCACCCGCAUGGCUCAUGACAAAGCAGUGCUUGAUAGGGAGUUCCUGAUGUCCAGAGAGAGGGAGAGGAAGCUGCAGAACGACCUGGACGCUGCGAGCACUCGACUCCUCCACCAGGAGCAGGUGAACAUGGAGCUGAGGAUGAAGCAGGACCAGCUCUUUGGCAGGAUCCACCAGCAACAGGACCUGGUGGACUCGCUGCAGCAGCGUGUGGUCCUGCUGGUGGAGGAAAGCUCCCGGGACGCCGAGCUGCUGCAGCAGGUUGGCUCAGAGCUGCUGUUUCUGCAGAGUUCCGAGGUGAAGCUGGAGGGCCUGGUGGAGGAGCUGCACGCUGAGGCACAGUACAGAGCUGAGGUAGCAAAGAGCCUCCAGGCGGAGCUGCAUGCUGAAACCCAGUGCAGGGCUGAACUGGCAGAGAGACUCCAGGAGGAGCUGCGCAGUAAGACAGUGGAGGUGGAGGAGCUUCGAGACCUCAACAAAACUCUGACAGAGGAUCUGAAGGAUUCAAGCAGAGCUCAUCAGAAGGAGGUGAGAGAACUGCAACAGGAGAAUGAGGGAAGUCUGAGGAAACUACAGGAGACAGCAGAACAGUUUGAGUGGCUGUGUCAGCAGCAGCGCUACUGGAUAUGUUGUGUGAAGAGAUUCAAAGACUGUCUGUUGGAGGAGAGAGAAGCUCUGCUGCAGCAGGUCACCAGACUGCAAAAGAAAGCUGAGAAACUGAAGACGAGCUCCCAUGAUGACAAUCCCACACAGAGCCUCCUCUGCCCUCUACAGGACACUGAGCACUGUGACAGCAGUAUAACAUCGUGGGAUGCAGAUGCAGUGGCUGACUUGGAGUGUGAGGUGGAGAAGUCAGACACGUUGUAUGAGGAGCUCUUUAACCAGGCAGGGAGUCCUAUCAACGGACACCAAAAACCUCCUUGAGGACAGAAGCCUGGAGCCUGGACUCAUCCUUGUUUUCUCUUCCCACCUUCUGCAAACCAGAAGAUAAUGACUAGAUGUUUAUGUGUGUUGUUAGCUAUGUGGAGUACUUCCCAGUCAUUGUGUAAAAAACCUAACAAUCCUGGAAAAACAUACCUGUGAAACCAAAAAUUCACUCUUUGUCUCCCAUAAUUGUUCACCUGUCUUGAAAAGAAUCUGCGUUAUGAUAUAUGACUUCACUCACUAUCACUGUACUAUGUUCUCCUAUAUCCUCCUUUUACUGUGACACAUGCACAUCACAUGUGCUGGAUGUAGUCUGCUCACAUUUUGCUGUAAUUGUCCAUUAUUCAGACCUUGUAAUAAACACCACUAC